CCGAGCUGCAGGCUGACAAACGGCACUUCCCGGUGACAAGGUGGAUUGUAUGCAUCGAUACGGAGCACCAUUCAUUUCGCCAAGUUUGAUUUUGAAGUAUUUGGUAGCCUGUUUGUGUGCUCGCAUGUCAAUGAAUGGAAAGAAAAAACACACACAUAAGUUUGUGUGCAUCCCCACCUUUGCCCCCAUCAGGGAAAUGAAGACUUCAGUGAAGAUGGUUUGGGGAUAGAUUUAUGGCGUCCGAGUUGGAAUUGGAACGAAUCAAGGUGAGGAAAAAAAUACAAGGAAGUGACUGUUCUGUACAGACUUUUUUCUCUAAAACAGAUGGUAAAAGCCAAAAUGCGCCUGUUGGGCACAUCAUGCUGGUGUCAAAGUGAAGGAAUGAAUGCUGUGAUGUCUGCUGUGAUGCACUUACUUUUACUACUUGCUGUCCUACCGGCCUGCCAAGGCUGCCCAGACAUAUGCACAUGCUCCAUGCAAAUCGUUAAAUGCCAAAACCAGGACUUGGGCGUGAUUCCACGUCCCAUUCCGGUCAAUACUACAUUUCUGUGGAUCACAGGAAACAACAUUUCCACCAUCAACGAGGACUCUUUUCCAAGCCGCUUGGAAUUAUUAACGGAUCUUUAUCUCAGUGGCAAUGAGAUGGAAGCUGUGGAGGAAAUGGCAUUUCAUAAUUUGCCGCACCUCGAGCGACUGGACCUGAGCAACAAUAACAUCCAAAUGUUCAGUGAAAAAGCGUUCCCGGAUGAGAGUAAAUUGCAGGUUUUGAACCUCAGUAGAUCUUUUCACAAUCAUUCCUCUGUGAGCGAGGUGCUAAAUAUCCUACGGAGUGGAAACCUCCUCCAGCUUACCGUCUUGGACCUGUCCGACAACGACCUCGUUCUUCUUCCAGAUGGUAUCUUCACAAGCCUGUUGAAUUUGGUCAACAUCAACCUGCAGAACAGCUCCAUCAUCUCCAUCUCAAGCGGGAUACUGAAGGCGCCACCGUUGCGUGAACUUGACCUGAGGGACAACAGUCUCAGGAACCUCCCUACCAACACGCUGACCGAGUUCAACCUGAAGUCGGACCUUCGUGUCCGCUUAGCGGGGAACCCGUGGCGCUGUGACUGUUUUAUUGUGGACAUGCUGACCUGGCUGAAGAACUCCACUCAGGUCACUGACAUGAAGAGCCUCACCUGUGCAGAUCCUGCACGUCUGAGCCGCCGGCCGCUGGUACAGGUGGAGCAGUCCCAGCUGAAGUGUUCAGGCAAGGUGGAGGGCGUGCUGGAGACCUCGUAUGUUUUUCUGGGUUUGGUAUUGGCCCUGAUAGGCGUCAUAUUCCUCUUGGUGCUCUACUUAAACCGGAAAGGCAUCAAGCGGUGGAUCUACAACAUCCGGGAUGCUUGUAGGGACCACAUGGAGGGAUACCAUUACAGGUACGAGAUCAACUCUGACCCACGUUUGGCCAACCUCAGCAUCAAUUCGGACGUGUGAGCGAGGACAGCGAGACAUUAAAAAGACUUUUUAAACUUUUUAAAAGUUGCAUGAGAGUCUUCCUGCCGCCUCCGUCUUGGUUCCUGAUGAACCCUUUCAUCACUUUGCCUUCUCUGCUCCCGCUGCAUGUCGUGUACCUGGACGCUCGGAUUAAUUACAUGUGCUCUUUUUCUUAUGUGCAUGUUCAUUGCAUGGACAAUCAGUCACGAUGACUGGUUGAAAAGAGUCUGAUGCUCCAUGUUUACUUUACCUGAAGGACACACAGGCGGAGAACGUUGACUUUCAUGGAAGACAUGGAAGAAUACCUGCUGAUCCUUCUUCGGAAGCUUCUGAUGAGGAGAAAUACUGUAUAGAUUGUCUGUGAUUUUUCAAAAAAAAUAUGUGAUAACUAUAUAGCUAUAGUUGGAUGUCUUUGUAUGGUUAUAGUUCAUAUUGCAUACUUUAUGGAUUUAUCAGAUGGAUGUGACUCAUCAAUUUAUUGUGAGUAUGUUCGGAUAAAUAAAAUGCCUCUGAAUUGCUCGUAUCCGCUUGACUGAGAGGAUUUCAAUCAUAAGGCGGAGUAAUGGUCAGAGGGGUUUGCGUUUUAAACACCCCAACAUUUCCUGAAACCACAAUCCAAAGGUGGUUAGUAGUAAAAAUAGUAGUAAUUCCAAUGCAAUUUAUUCAUAUUUUCUAACAUUGUCUUCAAAUUUGAGGAGCAGAUAAAAUGUGAGAUUAUUGAGAUUGUUAUAUGUAUUGAUUUUACCUUUUUUUUUUUAAAUCUAUUUACUAUAUAUUCAGUUACUAAGGUUGUAACUGAAUGCUAUAAUCAUGGUUCACUCCAUAACUUGGUCAUUUUAAGUACACUAAGGGCACAAAAUGCAAAGCACAAAAGUUUUUAGCUCUUGUGGUUUAAACAUUUUUAAACAAAAAAUUAAUUGAAUUGAAUAAAUACAAUUUAAUGAAUAAUAAUUAAUAAUUACAAAUAAUAAAUAAUUAUGUAUAUGUAUACUGUACAUAUUAUAUUGUAUAUCAUUAAUAUUUAAUUUAUUUUUGCCAAAAAAAACUAUUUACGUUCUUCUAAAUCCAAUUUUAACACUAUCAGAGCCCUCCCCACACAAAAUAACACCCCUAUAAUCACCUUUACACGUGUAUUACCCAAUAUUGUAGAAAUAAUCUAAGAAAAUGAGUCAUUUAAGACAUGAAAUAAAACUUGUGCUUGUGUGUGUCACAGUAAAUGUGUUCAUUAGAUGAGCUGAUUGGUGGGCAGACAGGAAGUGACAUCAGGAGUUCAUAGUUUAGUAACAGUUGCCUGUUAUUUAUUGCGAUUAUCCCAAGCGCUCCCAAGGACUUCCGGAUACAUACUUUAGGUCCAUGUUUAGUGAGUGCAGGCAUGUAUUCUGUAGGUGUCACCUCCAAAACACGAAUAACAACUAAAUGUUGUGUUAGUGACUUAGUUAACUUACAGUAUGUGCAGAAAAUAAAUCGAAUACGAGGAAGUCAAACAAAGCAUAAAGUGCCUUAAUUAAAAUGAGCUGAAUUAUCUGCAGUUUUACUGGAAACAAACGUGGCCAACGUGUAUCUGCCGUCUAAUUUGCUUCCUGCUGUGAAUCUGAUAAAAAUCCAAGGCUCCACUGUGAAUCGCCCAAAAAUAAUUCCUUUGAGUUGCAGCCAGUAGGCAAGUUUGAAACCCAGAAGCUGCUACCAACAUACCCUGGCAUUCAGCUGUAUGAAUUUCAAUGUCUUCCAGUGGUCGCUCCUGCAGCAAAUACCAGAAAAGAUCUAAACCGUUUCAUGGCACAUGCAAAUGAAGGAAAACUGCUCCCAAGAUUCUAAUGGGGCACGGAGAGGUAUUAUGGAAAUAAGCUCAAGCAGCUUUGCUGUUCUUUUUACUACUUUAUUUCUUCAACUGUAAUACUCUGUAAAGUGUUUUCCAUCAAUAUUUAUUCCAUGAUGUGGUAUUUUCACUUAUGCUGUUAUAAAUUGAUAUUCCUAAUGAGAGCAUGUACAAGUUAUUACUGCAAGCAGUACAACACAGUGCAUGCACCCCCCCUCACUUGUCUGUCACUGCUGUGUACAUUGUAAAUGUGUUAUUGCACCUUUAGUCGAACACUUGGAAACCUCCGGGGAGGCAU